GCGCUCCCCAUGACUAUAUUUCCAGUCAGGAACAUGUUAUUAUUGAGGCUGUUUCCUAGAUUCGAACUCGGGCCCGAGCUUCAACGGUAAUAAGAUCGCAAUUUCCACUAUGUAUAUUACCCAAUUUAAGUUGACAAAUAAGAUAACGAUUUACUUUUCCAUGAUGUGCGAUAGAUUAAAAUAGUUAAUAACGCGAUUUGUGUGUCUAAAAUAAAAAAUAAUUGUAAAUUUUGUCAGUGAUCUCCACGAGCCGACAUUUCUUUAUAGGUUUUUAUUUUAUUUUCGUUGCUAAUAUGGCAACCAUACAGAAUUAUAGUAGCAGAAGACUAAAGACUAGCAAUCUAAAACGUGUUAAACAGCUGUGUCUGAUGGGUGCAUUUUGCAGGCCUCAAGAGUGUAAUACGACAGUGAAAGAAUUAUUUGUGAAAUGGAAUCUUUUAAACGUGAUGGUCAGCCGAAUAUGAUAAAAAAUAGGAAGAAAAGAGUCACCAAACCCACGGAUUAUAAAGAACUUUCAUCCUCAACUGAAUGUGGACGUGUCAUGACCAUUAAGCGUGCUCAACCGAAACAAACCACAAAGGUUUUGCCUCCCAUCAUUCCAGUGCAAUUUGCCGAAAGAAAUGCGCGCUCCAAAGCAAAAUGUAGCAAGAAAGGCCAAACAAACCAUAUUACACCAGGCCCUGGGGAAAAGCUGAUCAACCAGAAACCGAAUGUUUCAAAGCAGCCUACAGAAGCAUUAUCUGCCAAGGGCUCAACAAGAGCUGCCCCAUCGCUAUCUUCAGGUAGUCUAUCAUCUGGUGAAGAAUAUGCCAGUGAGGAUGAAGCAAUGCCAAAUAUUAACUUAGUAUCAUCGAUCAUCAAUCAAUCGGAAGAUUCUCUGGGUGAUGGGGACGACGAUGACUUAUCCCAAGACGAGAUAGAAGAUGAAAUGGAAGAAGAAGCUGACCAACUAGUAAAAUCGGAUGAAAGAAGUGAGUCAAAUGGGUAACUACAAGAGUCAGACCAAUCAGCGAAUGCCGUAUCCUUUGAAAUUAUAAACAACGAAGAAGAGUUACUGAAUGCAUUGGAAGAAAUCGGUCUACAACCCGAAGUUAGCGAUGUUGUGGGAGAAUUGAACCACCCACAGAAGAACCUGUAUGUCAAGCAGCCGGAUGGUGUUUUUACCGAACUAACCGAAGAAGAAAUAAUAAAAACCAUAACAGAAAAACAGUCGUUAAUGGUUCCCGUAAACGUAGCUCGAAUUAUUAUCGAGAUGAAGAAUGACAUUUCAAGAAUAAAACAUGCUUUGGAAUUGCUAGCCAUUCGAAGUCCCGGUCUUGACGAAACCCAUCAGUCAAUCCCUUCUGAGUUCUCGUUUCCCCUUGACUCUCUUCCUGUUGAAACAGAGGAAGAUUUUGCCACUCUUUUCCGAGCCUUAAAAGAUCUCCCGUUUCGAAACCAUCUUAAGGCAACCCUUAAUUUGCUGGGUGGCACUAAGAUUCAAGAAAUCACGCGACUCAUCCUUAGAGCUUUAAUGGGCAAAGCUUUAAGAUUAACUUAUGUUGCACAGAAAAAAAAUACCGGCAAAAAGGUGUUUAAAGAAACGAAGAUGUGGCCUUUUGUUAGAGAUGUCAUAAGAAGUAGAUUUUCAGAGGAAAGGAAACCGGACAACCAAAUGAUUCUUAGAUCAAUUUUAACCGUUCUUGCAAAUUCCGGUGACGACGAGGGAGGUGUUGCAAGAAGAAAAAUUAUUACGGCAGUAAGACGCGCUGCUGGUGAGCAGGAAAUGAAACGACUGGCAGCAUUAGGCAAUGAAGAUGAACUCGCUCCAGUCAAUCUAGUUUAAUGCAUAUUUUGUGGCAAAAUUGUUGACUUACUUUUAUGGCUGUAUUGACUUUUUUU